AAUAGCCAAAUAUUUUGCGCCCAAAUAGCGUUGAUACACGGCAGAAAAGGGGAACAAAACAAAAUAAAGUCACCAACCACUAUUUUUCGACUCUGAACUAUCAAUAACUACUAUUACUUCUACUAUGACGAAAAUAUAAAAAUAAAAGUUAAGUGAAUUAAGUAAAAUAAAAAUUCAUAUUGCAAAUUGGUUGAAUAGGUUAGCCAUUAGAAAAAAUCCAUUGCAUUUAAAUCAGAAUAAAAAAUAACGAAAAUGGUAGAACACGACAAUUUAAUUAAAAUGCUUACUUUGUCUUUUUUCAAAGGCCGACAUUGUAAUUUGAAAGCUGAAGAAAUAAAAAAAAUGACUUGGGAAAAUCAAGACUUAUUUUUAAAGCAAACAAUACAGACACCACUUUUUAAAAAAUAUCCGUCUAAUCGUGAUUUCUGUGUUCGUUUUUUUAAAACAUUAAUCCAAUACUUAGAACCUGAACAAGAAGUUCAUGAUGACAUGUAUAUAUUCUUGUGUAAUGUCAUGAAAACCUCAGAAAAUGAAUUUUGUUACCGCCAUUAUGUAGUUCGGAAUGAUUUUAAAAACAUAAUAACAAUCAAGGAAACUAAAAAUAUGGUAAUAAAUGGUACUACUGGCUUAAAGACUUGGGAGGCUGGUCUUAUGUUAUCAGAUUGGGCUCUAUGUCAGAAAGAAAUAUUUUCCAACAAGAAUGUUCUUGAACUAGGGUCUGGUGUUGGCUUCACUGGUAUAACUAUUGCUAAACAAUGUGAUAUAGCAUCAAUGAUUAUGACUGAUUGUCAUUCAGAUGUAUUAAAAACAAUAAAUAAUAAUAUUCAAAUCAAUUUAUCUGAAUUAUGUUUGAAAGAAAAUAUUAAAUCAAAUAUUUAUAUAAGUGGCCGCAAGUCAAUAGGUGUCAUGAUGUUGGACUGGAAUGAUACUGAAGAUUUAUCAUUACCUUUUAUACCAAAUAUUGUAAUUGGAGCUGAUAUAGUAUAUGACCCAUCAAUAUUGCAGCCAUUGUUGAAUGUACUUUUAAUGAUCCACAAGAUAAAUAAUAAUGUUGAUAUAUACAUAGCUAGUGUCAUACGAAAUCAAGAUACAUUUAAUGAAUUUCUAAAAAAUCAAAAAAAUUUAAACGUAGACUCUAGUUCAAGAAAAAGAAAAAUAAAAGAUACUGAUGAUGAUUAUUUAAAACCUGCUAUUAAAAAAAGAACAACUAGAGCAAGUAGUAAAAAAACCGUUAUAAUUAAACAAGAGUUAUGUAAUAAUAGUGAAGAUGAUGAGCCUAAGAGAAAAAUCACUAAAAAACAAACUCAAAAACAAAAUGAUGAAGAUGAUAAACCCAAGAGAAAAAUCAUUAAAAAACAAACUAAAAAAGAAGUAGGUGCAAAUGAUGACACUGAUAGCCACAUUAAUCUUAAUAAUGAAUACCAAAAUGAGGUAUGCAAUAUCUUAUGGAAUGAUGCUGAAAUGCUUUCAAAUUUUGAAAGAAUAUCUCCAGUCUUAGCACAAAAAUUUAUUUCAUUAAUAAGUGAAGGUUGCACAUUACCAUUUAUCGCUAGGUAUAGAAAAGAAGCUGUCGACCAUCUUAUGCCAGAUAGACUUCAAGAUAUUUAUGAAAGCUAUCAAAAUGUGAUACAAUUUAAAAAGAAGGUGAAAUCUGUUUUGGAAACAUUAAGAAAAUCCAAAAAACUGACACCUGAGAUUGAACAAAGUAUUUUAAAAACGAAAAAUCUAUCCGAACUAGAUUUAGUGUAUGGACCUUUAAAAUCACAUUCCGUAUCCUUAGCAGAAAGGGCCCGUAAUUUAGGCUUAGAAACAUAUGCAGUAAGAGCUUUGAAUGGGGAAUAUAUCAAUUUAGAUUCACUUUGUGAUGACUCAGAGGAACUAUCAAGUGUUGAUAAAAUAGAAUCUCAUAUAACACACAUUGUAGCAGAUAUCAUGUAUAAGGACACAAGAGUUCUUCAACAAAUGAGGACAUUGAAAGAAGAAACCAGAUUUACUCUACAAAGUAGUAGAACAAAAAGUUCUACCAAAGAAAAGCAAGAAGGCGAUAACAGAAAACUUGAUAGUAGAUCAGAUCCGGAAACAUACAAAUUAUAUUUUGAUUGGAAAUGCCCUGUGAUGUUUGUUAAAUGUUACCAGACAUUAGCUGUUAACAGAGGUGAAGAAGAAAAAAUACUCUCUGUAAAAGUUAUUAUACCCGAUUGGUUUUACAAUAAACUUGAAAGGUUUUGUCAAACCCUUUGGAGAAGCAGUCAUUGGGUGAAAAAGGGACUUGGUGACGCAUAUAACCGUCUGAUAAAACCAUGGCUCUCUAGACAAGUAAGGUCAGAACUGACAAAUGCAGCACAGAAAGAAGCCGUGAAAACAUUCACAACGAAUCUGGAAAAAUAUCUUUUAACAGAACCGAUAAAGAACAGAAACAUAGCAGGGUUAGAUCCAGGAUUCAAGGCUGGAUGUAAAGUUGGAGUCAUAGACAAUACUGGAAUGAAAUUAGAAGCAUGUAACAUAUAUCCUAAUUUUAAUUGCAAUUAUAACGACCCAGCUGCUAGCCAGUUAAGAAAUCUUCUUAAAAAACAUAGAGUAGAAUUAAUCGGUCUAGGCAAUGGUACAGCAUGCCGUGAAACGGAAUCUUGGCUGAAAAAACAUUAUAUAUCAGACGAAAUACCAGUAAUUAUUGUCCCUGAACAGGGCGCUUCUAUUUACUCGAUUAGCAAAGAGGCGCAGAAGGAACACCCAAACAUGGAUCCAAAUUUGAUAUCAGCUUUAUCAAUAGCUAGAAGAGUCCUGGAUCCUUUGGGCGAAUUAAUAAAGGUUGAACCUAAGAAUUUAGGCGUUGGACUUUACCAACAUGAUAUUCCUCCAAAAAUGUUGGAAAGUGUUUUGGAUGCUACCGUGGAAAAGGUUGUUAGUUUAGUUGGAGUCGACAUCAAUACUGCGUCACUAGCAAUGCUAAGACGGAUUUCUGGACUAAAUGAAAGCCGAGCGAAGAAGAUUAUAUUGUAUCGUCAAGAAAAUGGCAGUUUUAAAACGAGAGCGGAGAUUCUGAAAGUUGGUGGAAUCGGAAAAAUUACUUACCAACAAUGUGCCGGUUUCUUGAAAGUAUUAGGAGGUUCAGAACCCUUGGAUUCCACAAUUGUACACCCAGAAAGUUACACUGUUGCCAAGUUAUUCGCUAAAAAAAUUGGUGUUAAUAUUAAGGAUCUGACAAAACCACGAUUUCCUGAAGAAGUUGAAAGAAAAGUAGCUACAUUAGACAAUGUAUCAAUGAGCAAGGACUUGAACACUGAUAUCAGUACUCUCGAGUUAAUUGUGAAUGCUUUCAAACAGAAAACAUAUGAAGACAACAUGAUAACAUUCUGUAGACCAGUAUACUCAGUGUCCGUUCAGGCUCCUGACCAAUUGAAGAAGGGCACCAGUCUCACAGGUGUUGUUCGCAAUGUCGUGCCUUUUGGAUGUUUCGUUGACUGUGGAGUUGGAGACAAUGGACUCAUACACACGAGUAAGAUGGGAAACGCAACCUUGAAACUAGGCGAUAGAGUAGCUGUUACCGUAAUAUCAACUCCCAAACCAAAGAAGCUACAAUUAAAACUUGACAACAUUCUUGACUGAUUUCAUUAAUUCUGCCAAUUUUUCCGAUAAGGUGUUAUUUUUUUAAUAAAUGUUAAUUGAAUGAAAUUACUUUUGUUUUUGU